AUGGGGUUCUUCAAACCACUCAAGCCCAUCGAACCAGGAGUCGACCGCCUCUUCAAGGUUGCUAGAGCAUGGUCUUGCAUUAUUCAAUCUAUGGAGGAUCUUCCCAAAGACCUGCGCUGGGUUCUUGCAACUAUUUAUAAUUUUGCCAACGACAUGCUAUGUGCCAAACUGGGCGAAGACACCAUGUGGCGAAUGCGGCCGUGGCUAAUGUACUGGUAUGAUGUCGCAGACGCCUUAUUGGAAUUGCUCAACCUAUCAGCAACUGCUCCGGUUCCGGACUGGUUUCUACGACCUGGAUCUGAUACUUCCGACGAGGAAUGUGCAUCUGAAGCUGGAGCGAUGGUGACGCUUUGCCGCACAAAUUCAGUUACCUCAGAUGGUAAUUUGACUGUGCUCCACCAUGACACGUCAGGCCGGAAAAGUCGAUGGGCUCGCGAUAAUUCUUCCGGUCAUCAAUUAGGAAUCAGAGCCUGGAUAAACGCCCAGCCCGAUUGGGGUGCUGAGAGACAGUGCGUUCAUCCGACCCCAGAAAGAGGUGUUUGGGAGAAUAGGGUCGUCAGAUCCUCGCCACCAACACAAUCUGGAGGUUCUCGCCGGGUUACUUUUCGGUUUAACCCUGAAGCGAUGGAGUUCGACCCUCACCCAAACCUAACAACAUCGCCCGCCUCUGUCUCAUCUCGCAGCUCUUCGACUUGGUCAAUUGAGCCAACAGAAACUUUGGUAGACUAUGAAAGUACCAGUGAAGCCUCUAGGCUCUCGGCGACAGCGUGUUCCUAUGACUCUUUGGAGCAAAUUUUGACGUCACUUCGAGCUAGAACUCCUCCACCUUUUGGAGGCUGA